AUGAUGCGGUUCAUAAUCGAAUUUGUUGGUUACAUCCAAGAAGUCAAUGAUAAUGAAAGUUCGAGUGGUGACGAAUUCAUGGCAGAAGGUUCACCUAUCAAUCAAAAUAAAAAUAAUGAUGAUGAUAAUGAUGCUAUCGAUAUGGAUGUCAAUGAACUGAACGAAGAAGAGAAACAAAAUUCUCAUAUAGAUAGUGCUAUUAUAGUUAAACCAGACGGCAAUGAUGAUAAAUCACCACAAAUGGAUGAAAGUCCAACUUGA